AUGUCUGACGAAGCCAACGAGAUUGAGGCUGAAAUAGGAUAUGACGGUGAUGAUGGCGGUAGCGAGGACGGAUCAUUGUCAUUGGAUGAAGACGAACAUGACGGCGAAAAUUAUAUGAGUUUGGAUGAGUCUUACAGUGGCAAUAUAGGAAGGGAUGAUGACAAUGAGGAUAUGGAUGUAGAUGAUUCAUAUGCUGAAAGCGGAAGCCAUAUGGAAGUGGAAGGGUACUAUGAGUGGAAUUUUCUCGAUGAUACCAAUGACGAAAACGAUAUUGAUGCAUCUUAUAAUGACAGCUCGAGCAAAGGAGAGGUUGGUGCCGCGUGCGAAAACGAUGAUGAUGCCGAUGGUGAUGAGUGCAAUUUUGACACCGGGUACGAUGAAUACCAGCAAGAGUCACUAGACAGGCAUUGGACGGUGAUGUCCACGACGUUCAGGACAGACGAGGAGGCAUAUGAUUUCUAUAACGAUUAUGCAAAAAAGCGUGGCUUCAACAUUAGGAAGGACAACUUGAAAUAUGCAAAGGGUAUCGACGCACGUAGGCGCUUGAGGAGGUUUCUGUGUUCAAGGGCUGGGAAACGACAUGCCAAGUUUUGUACCAUGGAAGGGAAGAAGCGCAGGCUGAGAGCGGAGACUCGGUGCUAUUGCGAGGCCCAUCUAACUGUGAAGCUUGACAGAGAGCGCUCCAUUUGGUAUGGAUCAUAUGCACGGGCUGGUUUCGGGAGGAGGAAGCUUUAUAACAUGUGUUAUAGGGAGAAAAUGAAGUUGCUAGCAAAGGGUGAUGCGGACACUGCGAUUGGUAUCAUGAUGACGAGAAAGGCAAGGGAUCCAGACUUUUUCCUUGAGCACACUGUUGACGCAGAAGGCAAGCUGAAGAACAUGUUCUGGUGUGAUUCUCAGUCACGUCGGGAUUACCUUGGCUUUGGUGAUGUAAUCGUCUUCGACAACACUUACAAGAUGAAUAGGUACGGAAUGCCAUUCAUACUUUUUGUUGGUCUAAACAAUCAUCAUUGCACCACUGUGUUCGGUUGUGCUGUUGUGUCAGAUGAGACGGAGGAUACAUAUGUUUGGGUGUUGCGGACCUUCUUGAGAGCUCAUUGUCAGAAGAAGCCAAGGUCUGUAAUUACAGACGGAGACGCAGCCAUGAUAAGGGUCGUCAGGAAGGUCCUUACUGACGUGUGGCAUCGACUUUGUUCAUGGCAUAUAGAGAAAAACAUGCAGAAACACCUCCACCACAAGUCCCUUAAGGAGUUCAGGUCUCUUAUUUACUAUGCUACUACACAUGAUGAGUUUGAGGCGAGAUGGACAGCUUUUAGAGCUAAAUGGGAGUCGGAGAAAACUGAAACAUGGUUGCGUAGGAUGUACAGGAAGAAAAGGCUUUGGGUUGCAUCAUAUCUCACCGGUGAGUUCUUCCUUGGUAUACGGAGUAACCAGAGGAGUGAGAGUCUGAACUCUUGCCUUCAUAUGCAUCUUGACUCUGGCAUGACAAUUGUUGAUAUGGUUGUGCAUUAUGAGAACUGCAUUGUUCGGCUCCGUGAGAACGAGUCACACGACGACUGCAUGCCCACACAGACACUCCCUGUACCAGUACUCGACGAGUUCAAAUGCAUUGAAAAAGCCGCUGCCCGUGACUUCACUGCGGUGAACUUUUACCUCUUGCAGAAAGAAAUGAAGAAGGCAACGGAUCUUGAGAUCAUAGAUAUACUCAGUGGAGCCGUCAGUAGGAGAUUCAUAGUGGCAUGGAAAAAUAAGAGGCAACUGAGAUUCAAAGUGGACUAUACACCUACUAAUUCAGAAGAAACAGUGAAGUGCAGUUGUGAUAGUAUGAAACGUAAAGGUCUUCCAUGCAAGCAUGUCCUUUAUGUUUUAGCCAUGUUGAACGUGAAGGACUUACCUAAGUGCUUAGUGCUGCGAAGAUUCACCAAGAAUGCUAGAGGUGGACUGCCCGUGAAACGCACUAGCGAUCUCUUCGCAUGGGGAUGGGCAGGUACUGAGGAGAGAACUAAGUACAGUGAGUUGACUAUUUUGUCCGCGGAAGCAAAUCAUGCGGCAUGUCAUAGACCAUUCCUAUUUGAUAAACCGAAGGCUGCUCUGGAGGAUGUGAUAGCAAACAAGGACGUUGAGGAGGAAGAUUAUGUGAGACAGCAUAGGGUUGCACAUGACGAUGCUUUUGUGCCGGAUCAAGAUCAUGUUUUUGUUGGUGAUCCAGAGAAAAUCAAUACGAAAGGAGCACCGAAAGGGCAGAAUAACAAAGGCCGUGGUAAGGAACCUGGCGUGACUAAAAAGGUAGACCUAAAGGUUUUGAUGAGAAACCUCCUGUACGCCUAUGUGGUUUAUGCAGAAUAA